AUGGCUUCGUUUCGGUAUUUGGUCCUCGUGGCACUGUUGGGCUUCGCAACUGUGUCGAAUGCAGCGAGAGCAGUACGACCGACAAACAUGCAGGGCAUGAUCGCCGAAGAGAGUGCCAAAUGUGAGAGUGGCGAAGAUUCGAUGGCCUGCAUUAAGGUGCGCGCCAUGCGCUUCCUCGAUACAGUGAUCAAUAACGAUAACUACAAAUUCGGCGAUGUGGAGGUCCGCUCAAAUGGCUAUCAGCCGACAGCCGCUGAUGCCAACAAUGCACGCGCCAACGAUGAAGAACACGACUUAGUCGAUAUUGUCGGCGAUUAUCUGCAGGGACACGAUGUUACCAUGGACUUGCCUCUGGGUGAUGCCAAAGUCACCGUCUCUUCGCGCAAUUUGGCCAACGAUGAGUUGAGCCUUAAUGUGAAAUUGGCCGGUGAUGGUGUGGUUGAGGGCAAGGGUAAGAAGGGCAACUUCUUCAAGAAGGGCAAGAAACAUCGUUUGCGUAAAUUGAUUACGCCAUUGAUGGUGUUGAUUUUGCUCAAAUCCAUGACUGUCAUUCCAAUGGCCAUUGGUAUACUGAAAAUAAAGGCUUUCAAUGCGUUGGCGUUGGGCUUCUUCUCAUUCAUUGUGUCGGUUGGUUUGGCCAUUUUCCAAUUGUGCAAGAAGAUCGCCGCUGAACACCAUUCUGCGCACAUCACCGCCCAUGGCCCUUGGGAUGGUCGAUCUGUGGGUCUGCCUGCUGCUGUUGUCGAAUCUGCAGUCCAACAAAACGUGGAAGCACAAAAUUUGGCUUACAAAGCUUAUGCAUAA